AUGGCCAAUCCAGACUUAGAAGUCCAAGGCACCAUUGACCUUGCAGAAUACAUCUACAGACGGCUGAUCCAGCUUGGUGUUGGGACCAUUCACGGAGUUCCUGGAGAUUACAACCUCACCGCCCUCGACUACAUCAAGCCUCUGGGCCUUACGUGGGCCGGCAAUGGAAACGAGCUCAACUCUGGAUACGCCGCCGACGGCUAUGGGAGAAUCAAGGGAAUAGCAGCCGUCAUCACAGCCUUUGGCGUGGGAGAGCUCUCUGCCAUCAAUGCCAUUGGAGGCGCCUUUGCUGAAAGGUCUCCCGUCGUGCACAUUGUCGGAACGCCCCCCUUGGCAGCCCAAAAGGCCAGGGUGUGUAUGCAUCACACCCUGGGCAACGGCGACUACAGGGCCUUUUCAGAGAUGAACAAGUACCUGACUGUGGCCCAGGCAAGUCUCACUGACGCUGAGACGGCCCCGGCCCUGGUCGACGCAGCCCUCAAGGCAUGUGUCUUGAACAGCCAGCCCGUCUACAUCCUGCUUCCGACCAACCUGGUCCACGCUCAAGUACAUCCUCCAACGGUACCCAUGGAUCUUUCGCAUCCCGCAUACGACGAAGGGUACGAGAACAAGGUGCUGGACACGCUUGUUGAGAAGAUGCAGAGCUCCAAGAAGCCAGUGAUCCUCAUGGACGGACUGACCGCCCGCUUCCACAUCAAUGAGGAAAUCAACGAGUUUGUACGCUUGACGGGCUUUCCUACUCUUUCCCACCCCUUCGGAAAAGGCGUCGUCAAUGAGAACCUGCCCAACUAUUACGGCAGCUAUGAAGGAGCCGUUGGAGACGAGUCCACCAAGCAGCAAAUCGAUGACUCGGACCUUGUACUGAGCUUCGGACCGUUGUACUCGGACGUCAAUUCGAUGGGCUUCAGUUCUGUGCCCCGGCCGGAGGUUACAGUCACCUUUGAGAGUCAUUCUGUCAGAUUUGGAACAGAGGCGGCCGAUCCCCAAGGCCGUGCUCUCCACAUUCAGUCCUUCAUGACGAAGCUGAUCAAGCGCCUCAAGGCCACGGAGCUGCCGAGAAUUCAACCAUUCACCAGGGGUCCUUCUUUCUCGCCUACUCAGCUGCAGAGCCUCAAGCCAGCUGCCGAUGGCGAUGCCAUAAAGCAGGACGAGUUCUGGCUCCGGAUGUCCGAGUACCUCAAGCCCGGAGACCUGCUCGUGACGGAGGCCGGGACGCCCUUUGCGGGCGGCAACACGCUCAUUCUCCCGGAAAAUACCAUCCUGAUCAACUCCUGUCUGUGGCUUUCCAUCGGCUUUACGCUUCCCGCUCUGCAAGGAGCCGCUCUGGCUCAACGAGAACAGCGUCAAGAGGGCCAUAGGGAGGGCGCUCGCACAUCGGGUAGGGCCAUUCUCUUCAUAGGGGACGGAAGCCUGCAAAUGUCCGUCCAGGCCAUUGGCGACAUUAUCAGGAACAGGCUUGAUGCCACCAUUAUUGUCAUCAACAACGACGGCUACACAGUGGAGCGAGUCCUUCACGGCUUCAAGAAAAGCUACAACGAAAUCCAGCCGUGGAGGAACACUCUGGCCCCGAGCUUUUUCGGCGCGCCAGAAGAUGAUCCCGAGUACCCCAUGAUAACAGCACAGGCCAGGAACUGGGGAGAGCUGCGGAGUGUUUGGGGGCGCAAGGAUGUCCAGGCGGGCAAAGGGUUGACCUUGAUCGAGGUCUUUAUGCAUUAUGCUGAUGCUCCAAGGUUGCUCAAGAAGCUUGCAGCCUAUUUCGCCGAAAAAAACAAGGCGAACGAGGCGAGGAUGGCCGUCUAA